CCGGAAACUUAUCAAUCCACCCUCGUAUGAAAGAGAAUACGUGACGGAUGUCGAUGAAUCGCAUUGUUAUAAAUUUUUAAUUGAAGAUGCUAAUCAAAUAUUCCAUGAUAAUUAAUAUAAAGUUAUGUCCUUUAUUUAUAUCUAGUACGGUGAACAGGAAGAAAAUGAAGUUGGCAUGGAAGUUAAUUAUUAUGUGACAGAUUUAUUUUGUCAACCAAUUUUGGGAAGACAGUUUUUUUUUAUAUGUUUGUUUCUUAUUUUUGCUUGUGGGAAGUAAGGGUUUAAGUUUUUUUUUUCUUAUAAGAAAAUUCGUGUACUAGAAAUAUGAGUAAUGGCGACAAGAAAGAACCCGUGGGAUAAAUACUGCUUCAUUGAUGAAUUACCGGCCGAGGUUGUAAAUCAAAAUCUUCCUGUUAAGAAUUGUCGAAAAGUAGACAUCGAAAGAGACCAAAAGUACCUUAAAGAAAUGGUAACGGAAUUCACUUUCAAACUUUUUGGCAACAUUGAUGUGAUUGGGAUAUUAUGGAACAAUUAUGGUUCAAUUUGCAUUGAAGAUUCUUCUGGACAACCAGCCGGUUUUAUAUUCCUGUCCAUAUAUCCGAACCUGUUGAGCGUUCCAUCGUGGGACUGGGAGAACUGGGUGGAAAGACUUUACGGUCUUAAAACUCUAAAUUCCUUUAACACCCUAUGGGUUCAUUUACUAGCCUGGAAAGACGAAUGCAAGAACAGUGCCAUAGGACCUCUAAUAGAAUCAGUAUUUUUACAUAAAAUGUUCAUUGAGUAUGUCGUAAUGGUAGUUCCCCCUCAUCUCAGGGGUAUCGACUGGAUAGAAAGAUAUGCCACUAAAAUAUUUCCCAAAGACGUAAAAACACAUGAAUGCAUGACGCUUUACCUUUUCUGUGCCAACACAUUCAUUGGUAAUUACACCUAUCGAAAGGCGGUAGAUGAAGACAACGACGAUCUGAUGGAACUGAUUGGAAGUCAUACCAAACAAUUGGCCAAAAAAUACGGAGACUUUGUUAUUGCAGAAUUACUGUCGCAACACAAAGAUUGCGGCAGAAAUGUCGUUGUUUGCGAGAAAGACGGUCAAGCUGUUGGAGUUGUCAUAUUGAACGAAGUGGUCAAUUACGAACUACUGUACAACGAACUUGAACUGACUCCGUUCUUUGGAUUACAAAAAGUAGGGGAUGGAGAUCUAACACUUUUAGAUAGCUUUAAAUGUGCAGAUUAUGAAGAUGGAACUUGCGAGACCGAACAAGGACAAAAAAGCACCCAAGGAAAUGAAAAAGAGAAAGAUGGAAAAUUAAAGGCAAUUGUCACUGAAAAUCCAGACUAUGAAUUUGACGACAAAUCAGAUAAAUCCGAUUCGGAAAGCGAAAUGUAUUCACUCGUCAACGUGUCAUCGUUGCAUCUAGAACUCGCAGUCAGUGAGGAUGAAGAACAGGACACACAAUACAGUGCAGCCGUUUUGGAACAAGACUAUUCUCGCGAAUUAUUUAAAAUAUCGGAGCAAAAAUCGGACCCGGACCUCACUGCCGAGGCUACGACCAAAGUUGAGAAAAAAGUUGAAAUCGCACCAUUGAUGAGCGGCGAACCGAAUGCCUUCACCAUAGAGGUAUUUGUUGUUACCCCUACACAUGAACGAAUAAUCACAAUACCCUUGUUACGGGCCUGUUUCGAAUGUUUCCCGGAUCGUGACUUUGCGGUCUUGUGUUCUCCAUCCGACUGCUACUACCGAAACCUUCUUCGCUUCUUCAUCCAACCACCACCAAGGUCUGUCACUGCUUUCGAUCAAAACGUGUACGUUUUGCACCGUGACAGGAUGAACGCGACGCCAUCUGUGCGCAAAGCCAAGAGAAGCGAUUAUGGUGCCAUCGAGAGGAUGACUAAGCAGAUACCGAAACGCGAAUUACUUCUUGAUGCUUUUAACGAAGCAGUCGCUAGUGCAGCAAGUGAUUUAACAGCUUACGUUCUCUCUUUGAACAAAGAAAAGAUAAUUGGAGUGGCAAUCUUACGACCGGAAAAAGACAUUGACACUUUACUGGAGAAGUACGACCUAUCGAAAUCGUGCAGAUGGGGGACCAACAUUGGUGCAACUGGCACUAUAGAACAUCUCCUACUUUCAGCGGUUUUUGGAAAAAUGGCACGUUAUUUUCUUAGAGAGUUACAUCGGAUGACUGACUUCUCCUUGUUGGCUUACUAUAUACAUAUCAGCGAUCUUAAGCAUAAGGAGAGGCAAAGGAAUAUAAAUAACAUACUCAAUUUAAUGGUACCAGCUCGUAUAAGAAAAAGACCAGAAAAGAUUUCCAUGGAACUCGAUGGCUUAGAAGAGAUACGUGCUAAAAAAGUGCCGUCGACAUCUGAAAUACCAACACACGCUUUGUUCUUCUCUAGCUUGUUAAUGUGCAGUCGAACCAGAUACGACUUAAAUUUGAGAAUAGUAGCGGUGGGAGCUAGCGAGACGUGUAUAGCCUUUUUGGAAGCGUUACUGUGCACCUGGGAUCCAUCAUAUUCCAUCAGUUUUACAAAUAUAACAAUAAUAUCGCCUCAUGGACUCACCACCAGCGAUUUGGAUUAUCCCAAUAGUUCAAGAAAGUUGAUGUUUCCAGGUCGAUCUUCUUUUCACGAACGUCGGGCCCACAUGAUAACAAUCCGCUGCAGCGUAAAUCAAGUGUUUGGCGUGAUGACGGCGAUCGAUCGUAAAAACAAGGUACUCGUUGUUGACAACAGUAGCUACUUAAACUACGAUUAUUUGUACAUUUUGUGCGGCGAACAAUUCCAAAGACCUUCGUUCGAUCCUCGUAAUGUUCUGGACCGACACAAGGAGGCCUUUCCCGACAACGUUUACAUCGUGAACACUGAAACAGACGCCGGAUACGCUCUUGAUCAUUUGUGGAAACUGAUCAACGGAAAAACGAGUCAAGAGGAACUACUUUCUAGUAGCAGCUCAGACAGAAGCAAGGCGGAAGUCACCACACAUGACGUUAUUGUUUAUGGGGAUGCUAUUGAAAUAUAUUGCUGCGUUACAGCUCUAAUGAAUUUCGGCAUUCCCGGUAAGAAUAUUAUUUUGAUCGAACCUCCGAAACCGUGCCAGUCAGAAGAAAGGGAUGUGGUCAGUAGGUAUCAAGAGCACUUCGACGAUGACAAAGUACUUAAUGCACUUUUAAAUGCAAUACGUGACAGCGAAAUUACUUACUAUUGUGACGCCAAAUUUUUAGAUUGGAGAUACGAUGCAAACACAAACCUUAUAAGAGGAGCCCGUUUCCGUUCAAAGAAAGAAACAUUUUACAAGUCUUGUAUAGCGAUGUUUUACUACUCGGGUAAAGCUGUAAGUUAUCGGACAUUCAAGGCCAUUACAAGGGCCGGAAUUGUAUUCGAUGGUGGUAUUGUUAUAAAUGCCAACUAUGAAACCAACGAUCCAUUUAUUUAUGCUGCCGGAACAAUCACGAAGUAUUCCAGAAAAUAUUACGCUGAACAUUUAGCUCACAGAUAUUUUAAUCUGGAGGAGGUCGGCUUCGAUUUGGGAAUUAAAGCCAAAAACCAAUUCAUCUCCCGUUAUGGUGUACAACAUGAACUUGACAAGGGCACAUUUUUGAAAUGUGAAAACUAUCAAACUGUACGCAUCUUCGAAAAACCGUUACUGACCUACUGUAAACUACCAGGAGGCUUAUGGUACCUGAAUGUAUCGAAACCGGGAAGAAGAGUUAGUCCAGACAUAACUAAAGCUCUAAAUCAGUACGGACAAGACUUAAUUACUGGAGAUUGCAAUUCACUACAAAAACAAGGAUACUUCAAAAUUCAUCUAAACGUUCAUGAAACUAUUGAAUCCAUCACAUGUCUAACACUUUCUGAGAUUGACAAAAACAACUUGUUUUCACUUUGGGGUAAACACGAGAAGAUAUUAAACAAACUCUUAACGAGAUACGAAAUGGGGUUGAUCAAGGACCUUUUCGAAUAUUUCCGACAGCCAUGGGCUGCGGCUCUCUACCAAGACGACUUCGCAGAACUUUAUAACAAUAUUUCUCGAAUAUUGCACGAAAAGCCUUCUUACUUCCUGAAAAAGACAUUAACAGACCAUAUUAUAGAAAGCCAUAGAGCCAACAACUGGAAAAAGUUUAAUGAAGAUAUCCGUGACGAAAUUCAGGAACUCUUUAUGAACACAGAAUAUCCACAGUUAAUUGAAAGAGAGGUCGUUAAACACAUAAUAAAACAUCGAUCUACUUUGCCCAUGUACUUUAAUGAAGUUGAUGAUGCUUUACAAAAGCCGUCCAGUCCUUUAUUCGACCCGGACUAAUAAAGAAUAAAAACAAAUUGGAAUUUUCUUUUCUUUGAAUAAUUCUUAUUCGCCUGAAAUGUAGGUAAAACAAUAAACCAAACACCGGAAGGAAUGAAGUUUCUUACACAAUAUUAAUUGUCUAUAUAAUUAAUCCAUCUAUAAUCGACAUAAUUCAAUUAUCGAAUAUUUGUCUAUUGAUUUUAUUUACAUUUACUUGUGACCUAGAGUAAAAGGCCUAGACCUCGAUCGACCGUCAGAUUUUCUCUAGACGAUUCCAUAUGGACGAUCAAAUUAGUAUUUUCAGUACUAAAAAUUGAGACUUUUGAUUCCCAAUUGUUCAACAUUGAAUCUUGAAAAUCAUCAAU